AUGAACCAAGGACACGACAUGUACUACCAGCAGCACAUGUCUGCUGGCCCAACGCCGCAGCCACCGACUGUCACAUCAUAUAACCCUCAGCCCCCAAUCAUGCAGCCCAGCCAUGGCUCUUACCCAGCUCCCCCUCAGCCUUAUGGCGCAUACCCGUAUACGAAUGGCAUGCCAUCGCCGCAGGGACCGCCUGUGCCUGGUCAAAUGGGCCCAGGAAGCGUCUUGCCAUCGAUAGCAGGGCAUCAUGGACAGGCCCCUGGCCCGGUCGCAAACCAAUACUCAGGGUUCGACACUACCGGUCAGCUUGCUCCGCCUGGAAUGAAGCCUCGCGUGACUGCCACGUUGUGGGAAGAUGAGGGAUCUUUGUGCUUUCAGGUUGAAGCACGUGGAGUCUGUGUCGCUCGCAGGGAAGAUAAUCACAUGAUCAACGGAACCAAGCUAUUGAAUGUGGCUGGAAUGACCCGUGGCCGCCGAGAUGGCAUUCUGAAAAGCGAGAAGAUGAGACAUGUGGUCAAGAUUGGCCCUAUGCAUUUGAAGGGUGUUUGGAUUCCGUUUGAGCGAGCUCUCGAUUUUGCCAACAAGGAGAAGAUUACCGAGCUGCUCUACCCCCUUUUCGUGCACAACAUUAGCGCAUUACUCUACCAUCCCGCCAAUCAGAACAGGAACAACCAGCUCAUGGCCGCAGCCGAACGCCGCAAGGCUGAAACCGGCGGCAUCAGGAAUCCUCAAGGCCCCCCAGGGCUUCCAUCGCUGCACCACCACUCUAUGAGCCAGAAUGGGUCUCAAUCUUUGCCGGGGAACAUGGGCCGUCCCAGUCUCGAUCGCGCCCAUACCUUUCCUACCCCGCCCACUAGUGCUUCUAGUGCCGUCAACAUGGGCAAUUCUGAUAGCUUCGCAUGGCCGUCCCACCAAAACUUGAGCAAUGGCCAGCAGAACCCCAUGUCCAUCGAUACCAGCCUGAGCAAUGCUCGUUCGAUGCCGACCACUCCAGCAACAACCCCCCCUGGAAGUACGCUACAAAGCAUGCAGGCAUACCCGCCUGCCUCACAGUCCUACGACGGCUCAAGACAGCUAUACAACGCCCCGCAACUACAACAAUCUCCUUACCAACCUACCAGCACAAGCCCACAAGACCGAUCCAUCUACAACCAGGCGACCUACGUUAAAUCCGAGAUGGGCCCGCCUUCGGCCAGGCCUAUGGGCUCUGUUCUCGCCGGAGACCACCAGAAUGAUCAGAAGCCCGUCAAUGGCUUGAUGCAUCCCCCUCAAGGUGGCGAUCAAGGCCACAGUAACGGGGUGGAAGACGAGGCUGAUCACGAGCACGACCCUGAGUACACCCACGAUAGCAGAACAUACGACACUAGCCAAUCGCAGUACAACUACACCGCACCCCCUGUCUCGUCUAUUUCAAGCGAGCAGGCGCAUGUUUCCACGGACAUGCCGCCGGGUGGACAACAUGGCAACUCAGGCCGCUCGACACCACGCAGUGCCGCGGCUCCUCAAGCCUACUAUCAACAAGCGUACAGCACUUCGCCUCGGUCGGCCACGCAUCAGUCAACGAGCAACUUGUAUAACGUCAUGAGCAACGAUAGGGGCUCAACUACCAAUGGAUCGGCAAAUGGAGACGUCUACUCUCAAUCGACGGAUCUCUCCAAUGGCUACGCGACUCCAGUAACGAAUGGCAAUGCCAGCCUCAAGCGUGGUCGCGACGACGACGAUGAUCGCCCGACCAGCGGUGGUCAGAUGGACCUCAAGCGCCGCAAGACGUUGAUGGACAAUCCCAUCUCGUCCCCCGUGUACGACACAAUUAACCGCCCCGCGGCUGCCAUUGCGCACCCCGUGUCCAGGCGUAGAUAA